GUUAUUUCAGAUUGUGGACUUGUACAAAUUGGUUGAAGACUGCACUUGAUAUGCCGGCCGUUCAAGGUAUAGGAUAUGUCCCGUUUGACUUUUUUAUGGUCCUGUGAACAUGAUAAUAUCUCUAGCUAUGGAUUUAGCAGUUAACAAGUUGUAUGAUUCCGAAAAUAUAUUCCUUUCACUUUCAAUACAGAUUCACUUUCACUUGUUACUCUUCUAAUGUAGUUGGGUACAUAUAUAUAUAUAUAUAUAUAUAGUAGAAACUCAAUAAAUUAAUAUUCGAUAAAUUAAUAAACACCAUAAAUUAAUAAAUUUCUCCGGUCCCAAGUUGGACCGGUUCAAAAUAUGACACAAAUCGAUAAAAUAAUAAGACAAUAUAUAUCUUUUCAAAAAAUCCAAUGUAAAUAUGUGGUCCCAUUAAAAUUAUAAAUUAAUAAUUUAUAUGUAUAUACAUCUUUUAUAAGUACAAACCAACCAUUAUAUUAUUUAUUUUAUAUUAACCAUGGAAUUAUCUUUGUAUUGUCUUAACAUUUAAUAUAUUUUGAUGAGAUUUAGUAAAAUUAUAUCUAAAAACACAUUUAAAUUCUUUGAAACAUAUUUUAUAUACACCAAAUAAUAUAGUAAAAUUAAUACAAAUGUCGAAUUUCAAAAUGUUAAUUAAUGUAUAUACAUUAAAAUAAUAAAAAAAAAUUUAUUUUAGAAAAAUAUAUCUUAAAAUAGAAAUAAUCUAGAAAAUGAAUUUUUUUUGUAAAUUAUUAAAGUCCCAACAUUAUUAAUUAAUUUAUAGAGUUUUUACUGUAUAUACAUGAACAUUAAUCAACAUCAUUCAUAUCAAAGUUGUAGUGUUGGUACAACAAUACUGAUAAAUAUUAAAGGCCCUAUAAAUUAAAUUAAUAAAAUUAAUAAUCUCUAUAAAUUAAUACUAAAGUUCCUAGAAAUAAUCUUUAUAAAUUAAUAAAAUAUUAAAGUCUCAAUAUUAUUAAUUAAUUUAUAGAGUUUUUACUGUAUAUACAUGAACAUUAUUCAACAUCAUUCAUAUCAAAGCUGUAGUGUUGGUACAACAACAUUGAUAAAUACAAGGGACCUUAAUACAAUCUGGUUCUCAGAUCCGGUUAACAACAUUACAAAUUCUAUAGUCUAUACUUUUCAAACAUACAAUCCGGUUAGCCAAUUUGUACUUAAACCGUUUCCGCGGUAAACCAUUAUAAAGAAAAAAAAGUCUCUGUGCCGCCAAAUUGGGAGAAGAAGAAGAAGAGGAAAGGGACCUAAGCACAAUUGAAUCUCACUAAGCUAUGCAACCAAAGAUCAAUUCUUUCUUCAAGCCCUCGUCUUCGCCUCCUAUCGCCGCCUCAGUAACACCAGAAACAGACGAUGGCUUAACCGCCUGGGAGAAUAAUCGGAACGUCAUCGUCAACACCUACGAGCGUCGAUCUCCCAAAGCCGAUGGAAGUGAAGUGCUUAAGGAACCAAUCGAGGAGCCACCGAGGAAAGGACCUUCCUUUGCACCUAAAACACUCAACAAGAAGCGUAGCUAUACUCAGUUCCACUUAGAGCUGGGCCAAUCUGACUUUCUUCUCAGAUAUUGCGUAGAGUGUGGAGCUACGUAUGCUCCUGGAGAUGAGUUGGAUGAGAAGAGCCACCAAAGCUUCCACAAGGACUAUAUGAACGGAAUCCCUUUUAAGGGUUGGCAGAACGAGAGAGCCUUCACAUCACCUUCUUUGGACAAGAACCGUGUUGCUAUGGUGUUGGAAAAUGAUUCUCCUGCACAUAGGAACAAGGUGCAAGAGGUUGUGAAGAUGAUGGAGGUUGUGCUUGGUGAGGAUUGGAUUCUUCACAAACAUUGUAAGGUUUAUCUGUUUGUUUCCUCUCAGAGGAUCUCUGGAUGUCUAGUUGCAGAACCAAUCAAGGAAGCAUUUAAGAUCAUAGCUCCUCUUGAUGAUAAAAGACAGUUAAAGAAAAAGAGAUCAUCGCCUUCAACCACCAUUCAUUUCGGAGACAUUGUGUUGCAAAGAGAAGUAUCAAAAAGAUGUCCAGAAUCAGAUGAUAGAUUAGACAACAGAGCCAUUGUAUGUGAAGAAGAAGCUAAACCGGCUGUUUGUGGAGUUAGAGCUAUUUGGGUCUCACCUUCCCACAGAAGAAAAGGCUUAGCUACACAGUUGCUCGAUACAGCGAGGGAAAGCUUUAGCAAUGGGUGCGUUUUGGAGAAAUCUCAGUUGGCGUUUUCACAACCAAGCUCUUUGGGAAGAGCUUUUGGAUUUAAUUAUUUUGGAACUUCUUCUUUCUUAGUUUACAAAGCCCAACUAUCUGUACCAUACCCAAUACUUUAGGAAGGCCCAACUAAAAGCAUAUUGACUUGCUAUCAUCUAGAAUAUUUAUUAUUUGUCAUUUUAAAAUUAAACAUAUAAAUUAAAAUUAAAAUAUAUUUAUUUUUAUAAAUAAAAUAAUAUUAAUUAUCUAUUUAUGCAUAUUCUAAUCGAUGAUAAAAAUAACUACAUCAUAUAAUUUUUUUUUAAGUUUACAUUAAUUAUUAAAAAAUUUAUCUUUCAUAAAUUAAAAGUUAUAAUCUUAAAUGAUAAAUAAAAGUGUAGAACAGAAAAUAAAUCUUUUUAUGAUUUAACUAGAAUUUCAAAAUUUAUAUAUAAAAA